CAACAUAACAUCAUCAAUAUAUCAAUAAAUUACAAUUUAGUAUAAAUAAUUAUUGUUUAUCAUAAUUUUCUGUUCAUUUUAAUACAAUAUUCAGAUAUAAUGGCUGAUUAUAUCGAACGUGUAUCAUUUGUUGGAUGGUUAUCAAGAACAAAAUUUCAAAAAAUUUGGGUGAUGUUUUUAGCUGUAAUUAAUCCAUCUAAUCAAAAUAAUAAUGAUAAUGAACAAAUAACAAAUUGUUUAACAAAAGAAGAAAUUUUUGGAAACAAAUGCUACACAAUGGUAAUUCAAAGGAAUCAAUAGGCAUUUAUUCUGAUUGCCUCUCUAAAGGAACUCCGGAUAGAAUUCGGUGGACUCUUCCUCCAAGUCUUCCUUGUUAAUUAGUUCUUCAUCAGAUCAUAUUUACAUUGAUCUUAUCUGCUUUCUUUUUUUUUACAGUGUAUAGAUUCAUGGUGUAACAACAAUUUUAUAAAAUGCUCUUCGUCUUUUAUUAUUAUAUGAACAACUUUCAUAUUAUACAAUAUUAACAUCAAUUCAAAGUAAUAUUAAUGCAUCACCGUUACCAGCAAAUCUACAUUUAGAUUUUUCAAAUUCAUUUGAUUAAUAAUAUAUUUCUACGUUUUUAGAGUUUAUUUGAUCAUUUAUUUUCUCCUCAUGGUCUUGACUUAACAUCUUUUUUACAAAUUUGAAUUGAAUUUUAUGUUCGAUGGUUAACAGCUAAUUCUAAUAGUCUAUGUCUACAAUUAACAAGUUUGUACGAUUUAUGUGAUGAAUAUUUUCGUACAUGAUUUGAUGAAGAUGAUUUAGUAAUGUCGUUAAAUAAAUUAUGGUUUAUGUAAGUCAUGUAUUCUUCUUGAACAAACAACAAAAGAAUCAAAUGAAUUAUAUCAACGUUUAAUUGAACGUUAUUUAAAAUAUUUAACAAAAACAAAUGCAUAUGUGUUAUGUUAAUUUAUACUUGAAAGUCAUGAAGAUAUUUUAAAUAAAUCUUUAAUAACAAUUUUAAUGCAAGAAUUAGAUUGUGAAAUACUAAAUUAAUAAUUUUAAAACAAAUUUAGGUAUACGUUUAAAUGGAUUUAUACUACCAAAUGUAUUUUAUUUAAUUGAAAAUAAUUAUACAAAUUCAUAUGAAAUUUUAUCAUUAUUAUUUAAACAUGAUACAUUAGAUAUAAAUGAUAAUUUAACUCAACAAAUAAUAUCUAUUGGUCUCGAAAGACUUUUACUUCUUAGUCAAUAUCGAAAAAAUCAUAUUUUGUGCUCAUAA